AUGGAAAAGUCCAAAGAAAUUUUCUACGAUAAAGAAAAGAGGUACUUUCUACACCUCAUGAUCUACGUUAGCAGGUUCUUUUUAAACGAUGAAGAAAUAAUCAUUUUUGAUUUAUUUGUCCAUAAUGAAUGCCUGUACUUAGAGAAGGAUAUCAUAAACUGCAUUAACAUGAAUGAGCAGAAAAUACGAAGCAUUCUUUCCAAACUGUUGAAAGAAAAAUUUAUUAUUCAAGUACAGAAACUGAAAACAAAUGAGAGAGGGUCUAGUUUUCAAUUGUAUUACUGUCUGAACAACUACAUCGUUUAUGUGAUAGAUUAUCGAGUUAGGAAGAUGGAGAUUCAGUUGAGGAAGGAGAGGAAUGAUAAUGACCUUUAUGUAUGUAACUUAUGUAACGCAACGUAUUCGCAGUUGGAUGCUCAGUUGCUUCCACUAGACUCCUACGAUGCGCAUUUUCUCUGUUUCUGCAACAAUAAAGUUGAACUCGUCGAGAAGGACGAAAGCAGCAACGAUCGAAUCUACAACCGCUACACCAAAUACCUCAACAUUUUGAAAGAGCACACGGAGAAACUCAAAAAUUACUUCAUCCCCCUCUACACGGAGAAGUUCAGCAGGGUGCUGCCCAACUCUCUCCACUCCCUCGCCACGGACAACUCGUCGGAUGAAUCCAUGACAAACAAUUCCUCCGAGUUGUCCCUCACCAAUAACUCCUCACAGGUGUCUCAAAACAACCACGGAAAGGCGGCCGAACAGAAGAGAGCAAAGAACGAAGAAACACCCACGGAUGCCUGCAGCAGCGUUAUCCGGUCAGACAAAAAAAUAAAAAUCUGCAUGAAUGUAAAGGGAAAAAGAGGAACCAACCAAGUAGUAGCCCCGUCCACUGGCGGAAGGACCACUAGUCCUGGGAAGGAUGAAGAAGAAGGGGACACUGAACAGAAGGGACACGUCACAGGAAGGACAAAAUGCAAAAGUGGGGGCGUGGCUCAGGUGCAACCAAGUGUCAGCGAGAUGGUAGUGCUGAAGGACACCCAGAAGGCCGAUGAGCCGGAAAUGCCCCUGUUCUUUAUAGAAAAAUUCAAGAAGGAGUUUUCGCUCAUGGAUGCCCAGAAACUGCAGCAAGACAUGACUCAGGACGAAUUCGAACGCUUCAUGGAGUUGCAGGAUGAGUACCUAGACCUUAUUUGA